AUGCGGUCUGCCGCGAGGCUGCUAUAUGCAGCAGUGUUCGCAUUUGCUGGAUUGAGCCAUGCCGCCGAACAGAAUCCUGCACUGGACCCAGCCAAGUGUGCUCUCGAACCUUCGGCUAUGGUAUCAGAUGCAUGUGUCACAUAUGGCGAGAUCAACGGCAUGAACGACCUGAUUUUCACGACGCUCAACUCUCUCACACAAGAAACGGAUUUCUUCUCCUACUACCGCCUCAACCUGUUCAAUAAAGAAUGUCCCUUCUGGAACGAUGCUAAUAGCAUGUGUGGCAACAUCGCAUGUGCCGUGAACACCAUUGACUCGGAGGAAGAUAUCCCGCUCACAUGGCGUGCGGAAGAACUCAGCAAACUAGAAGGCCCCAAGGCGAACCACCCACCCCGCAAGAUCCAAGCCGAGCGUCCCAAAGAACGCCCACUCCAGGGAGAGCUGGGUGAAGAUGUCGGGGAGAGUUGUGUGGUGGAAUACGACGACGAAUGUGACGAACGAGACUACUGUAUCCCCGAGGACGAAGGUUCCACCGGGAAGGGAGACUAUGUGAGCUUGGUGGACAACCCAGAGCGGUACACCGGAUACACCGGAGCAGGUGCACAUCAAGUCUGGAAUGCGAUCUACAACGAAAACUGCUUCUUGAAGCCUGUGUCUGACGAGCUGGAAGAACAGUCGGUGAACGUCCCAUUAGGCGGCCUCCAGGCAGCCUCUGAUUUCCGCAACGUGCUCCACAAGGAGUCGCAGAGAAAAGAAGGCUUACCGCUGGAUAACGAGUGCUUAGAGAAGCGGGUGUUCCACCGGCUCCUGAGCGGUAUGCAUGCUUCAAUCUCGACACAUCUGUGCUGGGACUACCUCAACCAAACCACAGGCCUGUGGCACCCUAACGUGCAAUGCUUCAAGGAGCGACUGCUCGACCACCCGGAGCGCAUCUCAAACAUGUACUUCAACUACGCCCUAGUCUCACGUGCCGUGGCAAAACUCCGCAAGCACCUGGACGGGUACACGUUCUGCACCAGCGACCCGGCGCAAGACCGCGAGACCAAAAAGCGCGUCAACAAGCUAACGGCAAGCUUGACCGAACUCCCUCAAAUCUUUGACGAAAAGAUCAUGUUCCAAGACCCCAACACCAUCGGCUUGAAAGAGGACUUCCGCAACCGCUUCCGUAACGUCAGUCGCCUGAUGGACUGCGUCGGCUGUGACAAGUGCCGCCUCUGGGGCAAGCUCCAGGUAAACGGGUAUGGAACCGCGCUCAAGGUGCUGUUCGACUAUGACGAAACCAAGAACGGCGAGAACCCGCCCCUACGUCGCACCGAGCUGGUCGCGCUCGUCAAUACCCUCGGCCGCAUCUCGCACAGUAUCGCUGCUUCGCGCAGUAUGCAGAGAGCCCUGCUGACGGGCACCACUCACAUGUUCCCGGUCCACGGCGCUGUGCCCUCCUCCCACCACGCCAACGCCCUCGGCAACAACAGGCGCGUGUUCAGAGACGGAAAUAACAACUUCUACUACGAAGGUGACGACGUCGAGGAUGAGUACGUCUACGGCCGAGGUAAGGCGCCAGAGCGGUACCCCUGGGAGCGCCCCCCGCCCAACCCAGACGACGGCCUCUGGGAGGAUUUCGUGUCCGAGUGGAAUAUGAUCUGGGGUACGGUUGGAUAUAUUUGGCGGUCUUGGAUGGAUAUCCCACACACAAUGUACCAAAUCGUGGGGUCGGAACUCAUCCGAUUGUACAAUUACUGGCUCGGAUUGCCGGUGCCUCCACGCUCGUGGAAGCUCAAGACGCCGCAGCCGCGUGCACAUACUCAACCCGCUGCUUAUGCUAAUCGUGACGAGUUAUGA